AGAAUACCAGCAUGACGAGCCUGAGCAAAGCGGAACAAAAAGCCCAGUGGUAUUACCAAGCUUGUAUGAACGAGAUGAAAAUUGAAGCACUCGGAGCAAAACCACUUCAGGAUCUCAUCAAUCAGACAGGAGGUUGGGGCUUGAAAGGCCCGUGGGAGAAAGAUAACUUCCAGGAGGUUUUACGGACUGUGUCAGCCAAUUUCCGAACCUCCCCCUUUUUCACUGUUUUUGUCAGCACAGACUCAAAAAGCUCCAACAGCAACAUCAUCCAG